AUGGCAGACGAUUCCGGAAAGACCUUGCUCAAGGUGACUUUUCUGUUUGCCCUGCAGAUUUUGCUGCCGGCAGUUCUGGUCGUCCUGACUCCGAGAUGCUCUGUAUUGCGUUUUGCGGGAAUUCCUUUGAUGUCGUUCUUCGCAUACCACAUCUAUUUCCUUUCUCCCCAACUGUCGAAUAGUGUCUUCCACAACAGCUUCCUGGCGUGCGAGGGCAUCAUCGCGGUCACGCACUGUAUUAAUCUCCUGCUGCUUCAUUCGGGUGUCACUUGGGAUGAUCUGGUACGUCAUGGAGCCGGGUCGCGCUCGGCGGGAUUCAUCGCCAAAGUACUCGGGGCUGCCCGGCUCGUGGUCAGUCUUCGAGGAGUCAACACCGGCUGGGAGGUAAAGAAUCUCCCCUCGCACCCUUCCUUUCUGACCCGCGAGCGGAAAUCUGUCAGUACCAGCUCGUUCCUUCUUCGACAAGUGGGUAUCCUGGCCUGGCAGUACCUCUUCCUGGAUCUGCUGCUCGCAGUGACGCUGCAGGAACCCCCAGAGAACACCGAUAAAUUUUACAGCCCAGGAAUGGAGUUUGCAUACCUGGAUGCGACCGCUGAGCAGUGGUUCAUCCGAGCCUUUACUCCAUUCGUAUCCUGGUACGCUGUCAGUCGUUUACUCCUAGAUUCGACCUGGCGUGCCUUGUCCGUCAUCUUCGUGGGGGCGGGUCUCGAUACGCCGGAAGAUUGGCGGCCCUUGUUUGGAAGUAUGUGGCAGUCAUACACCUUGCGUCAUUUUUGGGGAAAAUUCUGGCAUCAAAUACUUCGAUGGCCAUUUACCUCGUUGACUUCCUUUGUCACACGCGACAUCCUGCAGUUGCCUCACCCAUCACUUGUGGAGCGGUACACCAAUAUCUCCUUGGUGUUCUUGAUGUCGGGCAUCCUGCAUGGUGUGUCUGCCAAUAUCAUGGGUCUCAGUGCGAUGGGGUCUGGUGCUCUCUCCUUUUUCCCUUCAUUUGCGUUGGGGAUCAUCAUUGAAGACACUAUCCAGGCGGCCUGGACUCGAAUAACAAGCCCAAGACCGCAGGCAACGACCCCGAUUUGGCAAAAGCUGGUCGGGUUUAUUUGGGUCCAGUUCUGGAUGUCAGUGACGGCCCCUUGGUACAUGUACCCUUCGCGCCGCAUUCUAGCCAACCAAGCGGCAUGGGCGAUGCCAUAUAAUGUUACGGCAAAGCUCGGCAUUCCUUCGGUCUUGGGUUUGCUGGGGAUUUAUGGCGUGUUUGUGAAAUUCGUAUUUGAGACCUCGCUAUGA